AUGGCCUCCGAGAGCAAAGAGCCGACCAAGCGGCCGUCGUCGCCGCGCCGCUUCUUCGCCAGAAUCUAUGGCGCCGACUCGCCGCCACCCCCGUCGGCCCCCGCGAGCCCACCGGCGGCGCCCGUGGCGCUGAUGGUGGCGCCGUACCUGCACCGCGCGUUAGCCGCCGGCGCCGAGAGCGGCGCCUUCGCAGCCGGCUUCUCCGCCUUCCUAGCACGACGGAGGCGCAAGGAAGGUCGAGGACCUCGUCGGCAAAGAACAACUUUCAGUUCCGAGCAGACUUUGCGUUUGGAACUCGAGUUCAGCAGGUCGGAGUACAUCUCUCGAUCCCGGAGAUUUGAACUGGCGGAGAGACUCUCGCUCACAGAGACGCAGGUCAAAAUUUGGUUUCAGAACCGACGGGCCAAGGACAAGAGAAUCGAAAAGGCGCAGCUUGACCAGCACUACAGAAAUUUGGCAAUGGCCAGCGGAUUAGUUUUCUGCCCACCGUACUGCACCCUUUGUCUUCACCCCCCAAACCCAGGAUCACCCCUGCACGAUAAUCACAAUAAUAAUAAUAACUGCUCGGCCGUCUCCGCCUCAUUAUGAGAAAACGGUCUAUAGUGUUCAAGCGCGCUCAAGAUGUUCUCGGGGCAGUUGGAAUGGAAUAAUUUUACUUAAUGCCUCCAAAUUUCAAUUAUUUGUAAUAAGAAUUUUUCAAUUAAAUGUGUAAGUAAAUCUAUUUCUCAGUUAUUCAGAAUUUUUUGCACUGGGAAUUAUGUUUUUAUGAACAGCUCUUUAUUUACUGAUACUUGCUUGCAUUUUUAUAUCUUUGUGCUUUUCACUGCCCCGAUCAAGACGCUUGUGUCUUUUAUUUAUAAUGAAAAUCGCGAUGGAAAUCAAGAGAAAUAAGGAAUAUUGUGCAGAGUAUUGAGAUGAGAGUAGCCGCAGCAGGCCGUUUUUAAUCUCGCCUCGCUCACCCAAGCAUGCCCGCAUUAAGAAAUGAUUUCUUGACUAU